CCGACCGGUUUAUCGACAUCACGUUACGUUGCAAUGGGUACGUGAGCCUCGGAGAAGGACAAAAGUGUAUCGCCGAGGCGGUCGAACCGCUCGGGCUUCAUUGUCGACUCGGUUAGGCGUUGCGCUGCGCGUACGGUUUUAGUGUACGACGCGCGAACUGCGCAAUCGACGGCGCGCACGUCGCGUAGACACUCGAUACGGCGUAAUAUUGCAGACGAUAUCUAAUCUCCGAACGGUGCGUGAAAUGUUAUUCUAAUCGAAUUUUCAACGGUACCUACGGGAGGUACCUGUGUUUCCUACGAACUGCAAUGUUGUAACUUCGGGCCAUCAUUAAUUCAAUUGAUCGGAACGAACGUCGAGCCGCGGACACUCUCGCGUUUUAUACGAUAUUGGAGAUCAUAACGUUUGCAUUUUUAGAUAUAAUUUUUCGUUUCAAGAUUGGUAAAUAUUUUUAAAAUGAAUUACAGUAAUUAAACGCGUGAUAUUGUUUUUAGGAUUUACGCGCCGGAACAUUUAAUGCUAUUAUAUAAUGGCCAAAUCUUACUUAAUUAUGUGGAUUUUUAUUUACCAACUACUCGCUGUGAUCACUAUCUCAAGAAGUACAAACAUACUUGUAUUCGCACCAAUGCCGUUUAAAAGCCACUUCAGAGGAUUUCAACCGUUAUUCAAAGAACUCGCCGGCAGAGGAUAUAACCUUACCGUAGUGAGCUCGUUUCCGUUGAACAAACCAAUGGAAAACUAUACAGACAUUACGAUUGCAGUUGAUAAAAACAUUUAUAAAGUGAUCGACCCAAUGGAAUUGGCCAAACAUAAUUUCUUGACGGUACUGCCUAGUCUUUGGACAAUGUCUACCACCUUGGCUAAAAAAAUUAUUUCUCAACCGGACGUGCAAUACUUCAUUAUGUCCGAAGAAUUUGACUUUGACCUGGUGAUGGUUUUUUCGUUUUACCAGGAAUACUCGGUCGCACUUGGUCACAAGUACAACGCACCCGUCAUUAAUCUAGGCGUUUCGAUGCUAUGGACUUCCAACAGUAAAUGGAACGGCGAGCCGUCCACAUUUUCGUACAUACUCGAUCAGCGAACCGGGGCCACUGAUCGAAUGUCUUUCGUCGAUCGGUUCAAAAACACAGUCAUUGGGAUGUACCAACUGUUUUUGGAAGACUACUAUUAUUUGUCAAAGCAAAAGGAGUUAAUGGACAAAUACUUUAAGUACAAAGGAUAUGAAUCGAGACCUCCUCUCGAAGAUAUGUUAAAGAACGUGUCGGUGACACUUCUGAAUGCACACCACAGUAUUGGGGUGACGAGACCCUACUUACCCGGUACAGUCGAAAUCGCAGGGCUUCACGUGAACGAUCCAAGACCAUUGACAGGAAAAUUUUUGGAGUUUGUCGAAUCUGCCAAAUACGGAGUGAUUUAUUUUAGUUUCGGUACCAUUGUGGAUCCAUCUAAAUUACCGAAUUCAACGAUAGAAAUUUUUGUAAAUGUUAUAAAAAAACUUAAGCAAAAAGUCAUGUGGAAAUGGGAUUCGAAAAAUCUUCCACAGUUGCCGGAUCAUGUUAUGGUGAGCGAAUGGUUUCCACAAUCUGAUAUUUUAGGUCACCCAAACGUCCGUCUGUUCAUUACACAUGGAGGGAUACACAGCCUCGAAGAAGCUACUUACAACGCGGUACCGAUUGUCGGCAUUCCUUUUUUUGGUGACCAGCAUAUGAACAUGCGACUAGUCGAACAAAAUGGCUUUGGUAAGAUGGUCGAUCAUAUCGAUUUGAACGAAAACUUAUUGCUAUCAGCGAUUAACGAAGUCCUCGCAAAUCGAAAGUAUAAAGAAAAUACGAAAUUACGAUGUGAAAUUUUCAAAGAUAAUCAAAUGAAAUCAAUGGAUCGGGCCUUAUACUGGGUGGAAUACGUAAUUCGCCAUAACGGAGCUGAUCAUCUUAAGCAAAGCAGGAAUAUUCCGCAAAGUUUCAUCCAAUAUUUCUUAAUAGAUGUUUGUUUGGUUAUUAUAACGAUGAUAAUCAUAAGUGUAUUUUUAAUUGUGAAGACAACAAAGUACAUAGUCAAGAUUAAAAAAAGUAAAAAUAUUAAAAAAAGAAAAAAUUAAAAUUCUAACACUUCUUGGGUAUUACUCGUUACUAUAGGUUUAAUUAAAAUACUUACUUUAAAAAAAUUAA